GCUGCCGUUGGUGCCGCGGCGCCCAUGUCGCGGGCCGGGGGCGAUGCCGCCGCCGCGCUGGAGCGCGCCGGGGCGGAAACAGUGAGGCGGGCGGUGGAGCUGGACCUGGCCUCCCGCUUCCAGGAGUCGCUGGUGUGCUACCAGGAGGGCAUCGACCUGCUGCUGCAGGUGGUGAAAGCUACGAAAGAUGAGGUGAAAAAGCAUCAUUACCGGCAGAAAAUAUCGGAGUACAUGACCCGAGCUGAAGAUAUUAAAAAAUAUGUUGAAAAAGAGAAGCAAGAUGGCAAAUACCAUAAGCAAAUUAAGAUAGAUGAAAAUGCAACAGGUUUCAGCUAUGAAAAACUUUUCCAAGAGUACCUUAAUGAGAUUGUUACUGAAGUUUGGGUGGAAGACCCUUACAUUAGGCAUGUUCAUCAGUUGUAUAACUUCCUACGGUUCUGUGAGAUGCUAGUUAAAGGGCCCUGCAAAGUGAAAACAAUUCACCUCCUCACUUCCUAUGAUGAAGGCAAUGGAAAGGCUCAACAGAUAAGUGGCUUGGAAGAAAUAAAACAGUCAUUGAGGAACCAUGGAGUAACACUGAACAUCUCUUUUUCAUCUUCAAUUCAUGAUCGAGAAAUUAGAUUCGACAGUGGAUGGAUGAUCAAGAUUGGAAGGGGACUUGAUUAUUUUAAGAAACCACAGGGUCGUUUCAGCAUUGGAUACUGUGACUUUGAUUUGCGGCCUUGUCAUGAAACCACAGUGGACGUCUUUCAUACAAAACAUACAAAGAAAACAUGAUCACUGCUUUUAAUGAGUGUUCUUAACAGUACAAAGAUGUAAGACUGUAAGGUACUACUUGAAUCCAGCUCUCCACCAUCAGAAGCAACUCCAUAAUACCUACUUAGUCUAGCACUGGUAUUUUUAAGAAUAUUUGAGCCUUUUCCAGUCUGAGGAAUUACAGUUGUACAAUUCCCAGUGUACAUAGUUCUUCCAUAAUCGUAACAAAUAUAAUCCAUGUCUAAAUUUGAGCUUACAGGGAAGCAGUUUUGUAACAGACCUUUAAAACAGUCUCUCAAAGGCCUUUUUUUAAUUAUGAUUUCUAUUUUUACUAUUAAUUUUGUUUCAAUUAUGCAAAUUUAGGGGUUUAUUUCUUCUUUUCUUUAAUUGCCCACCUCAUAAACAUAUGAGGCUGAGCUGUAACUUCACCUCCUCUCUCUUCAGCCGCCUUUUUCUUUAAUUCCUGUAUUCUAGUCAUGACUAUAGUUCUCCUGUGCUUUGGUUGAUCCUGUAAUAUUGGAUUUCACACACUACCGGGAAUCCCAACUCUGACAUUCUAUUGUCAGAAUUUUGCAUACAGAUAUUGUAGUGUUCAGUAUACAACCACUUUAGAAUCUUUUUGUGCGUCUCCACAUGACAGACUUUCAGCUGAAAAGAGUACAAACAAUACACUGACUGUACUGUUUUUCCCUCUUGUUCCUGUAUGUUUGUUCCAUGCUGCACUGUCAUCUACCUUAUUUCCAUCCUUCACUUCAGACAUGGAGAGAUUGUAUCAUCCUCUCCCAAUCUUUUUUCCUGAGUUUCAAGUGUAAAGUUUGUCCUGCUAAUCAUGCCAAUCUCAAUUGCAAUAAGCUAUUUGCCUGCUACUAAGAUAGUUUCCUUAAAAACAAAAUUUUAAUUAAAAAUAAAAUAAGAGGUUUUUUAAAUUUUUUGAAUCCAAAAGUCAGAUACUCUGAAACUUCCUUGUCAAUGAAGAUCCUGAACAAUAUGCUAAUUGAAAGACAAAAAACUUUUCUUAUGUUCACUUCAUCCUCUAGAAACAAGAAGGUGUCAUCCAAGCUGCUACCUUUCUCACCUGAUAUGAAGUUUCUUCAUCGUUGUUAGGAAGAAUCCAGCAAAAUGGCAUAUUUUGACAUGGAAAACAGACAGUAACAUCUUCCAGGUCUUUGCAGCCCCAGGUCUGACAGGUGCCUUAUGCUUUCUCCAUCUUGUAAUCUAUUCUAGUAGACAGCCCCUGUGAUAUGGUCCUGUACGAGUACAAUGGAGAGGCAACCCUGGUGCUCCCUCUUUUGCCUGUUCAUCACCAGAACUUUUAAUAUCUCUGUGCUUCCCUUUCCUGAUGGCUGAUGAAUUCCUUUAUCUGUUCCUUUUGAACUCGUUUCAUUCUUCCUUCAGCUCCUGUAGGCGAAUGCUGCUAUUCUUUUAGUGCUACCUCUAACAACUAAUCUAUUCCUCAGCUAUCAAGAAGCAGCAGAGCUGGCCUUUGCCUUGUUCUCUGGGGCACAGUUUGCCAGUGGUCUGCCAUCCUUAUCCUUUUGCAUAAUAAUGUCUCAGCCUUACAGUGUUAUGUCUUUUUUUCCUCCUCUAUAAUAUUGUCAGACCUCUGUUUGAAGGCCAUAAUUGUUUUCAUUUGCAUUUCUAGUCUCUUGAUCAUUUGUAGAAUUUGUAUCAGGCAAUAUUUUAUUAACCUUUUCUACCAGAAAUAGUCUGUGCAGAACCACCUCUGUCUGGCUAUUUUCUAUGUUAGUGCCAUGCUUGGAGUUUUCUCUAUUGUUGCUGUAUGUUCAUUAUCCUUACCAAGAUGAGGAGGAGAGGGAAUAAAAAAAAAUACUGUAUGUACCAUGGAAGCUGUUUACUAGCAAUCUGUCCCUCUAACCAUCCCAGAGAAAUUCUGCAGCUUGGUGCUGUGAUACUAGUUUUCCAGUCACUGUCAUGAGUUUCAUUCAGUUGUGUAUAAUGUAUACUUAUUUUUUAAUGUGAAUAAAGGCUAUUUUUUAUUAUUUGUA